CAAGUGAAUACAGUACGGUGUCUAACUCUAACAACCGUCUAGUACACAAAGCUGCAAGAAUGAAGAUCGCCUGUUUUGUAGUGUGUUUGGUUGCCGUGACGUCGGCGGAGAACAUUGUAGAGCUUGCAACAAAGCUUGGUGCAAACACACUGGUGAAGUUGGUAACUGAUGCCGGUCUGGGAAAUACUCUAGCUACCGGAGGCCCAUUCACUGUAUUUGGACCAACCGAUGCAGCUUUUGCUAAACUGCCAAAGGCUGUUCUGGAACGUCUUAUGAGGGAUAAAACACUUCUUGCGGAUGUUCUCAAAUACCACGUGGUCUCAGGAAGCGUGUACUCCUCACAGUUGACCAAUGAAUUGACAGCACCAAGUCUAUUAACGGAUAAUGGGAAAGCCGUCGACAUCAGAUUCAAUAUUUACAAAAAUGGACAGUUGAUCACAGCUGAUGGCAGUCCUGUUGUUAUGCCAAACCAGAACGCUUCUAACGGCGUCAUCCAUGUUGUAGACAGAGUACUGUUCCCAAUUCCACUCAAAAAUAUUCCCGAGCUGGUUACCAUGGAGAGAGGACGAUUUUCAACUCUUUUAACCGCUGUUGAAAAGGCUAAUCUCGCAACAACAUUGGCCGGAGGACCAUUUACUCUUUUCGCCCCAACAAAUGCCGCUUUUGCCAAGGUUCCUGCUGACGUACUUAACAAACUUCUUGCUAAUGUAACAGCUUUAACAGAUGUACUGACAUACCACGUGGUUAGUGGCACUGUAUGGAGCGCCAGCCUUACUAAUGGCGAGAUGGCAAAAACUGUAGAAGGCAAAACUGUUACAAUCGACAUUAGCGGAGGUGGUGUUAAGAUUAACGACGCUAAAGUUGAAGAAGCUGACUUGGCUGUGACAAAUGGUGUUAUCCACGUGAUAGAUUCAGUUCUUCUUCCUCCAGCUUUUGAUAUUUUUGGAAUAUAUUAGUAGCAGCAUCUGAUGAAAAUCGGAUUUAAAUAUUUUGUAUAUAGUUUUAUAUUACGUAAAUAUUAAUACUUUUGUAAAUGUUUUGUUAAUGGGAUCACAUUUGUUAAUUUAAAUAAAAACGAAUCUUUAAAAAGU